UGACAAGUUUUAAUUCGCCGUAUAUCCUCCGGAUCGACUUAAUUGAUUCGUAACGAAUCAUGACGAAGGAUUAACGAAUGCCGACAAUUUCAUCCAUUGAUUUUUUUUUUUUCUUUUUCUUUUUCUAACAUUCCUUGAUCUAUUAGCAGGAUAUAUAUUUCGUUUCGUCGGUUGGCCAAGGUCGUCGAUUUUCCUACAAAAGUCGAUUCACGAAACGUACGAAAGUUAGUCUUUAACGAGUUAAAAGAUUAGAACUUACAGAAUUCGACGAAAUUUUAUCGAAAAAAUGAUAUUCGUACGGAACGUUCUAUUAUUAAUCAUCGUUCGGUAUUGCGUUUGUUUUUAUUAUGAGCCAGGUGAUAUAAGUGAUUCAUUAUUAUUCGGUUCUAAUUUAGAAAAAGAUAAAUUGGAGCGCGUUAAUUUUUACAAAGAACGAUAUGGUAAUCAGGAUAGAUCUCUAUACGAUAAAGGCUUGUCGACGAAUCACGAACGAAAUGAGAACGCGGCUCGUUACGAUGAACAGGAUAAAGAACGAGGAGGAUUCAACAAGGAUCAACAUUCUUCAGGUCAUACUGAAAUUUCAAACGAGUCCGACAAUUCUUAUCAUAGACACGGUACUAGCUAUUAUAAAAAGGGUUAUCAUAAUAUUGGCUUCAGUAAUAAUUAUCAUAAAGAUGAGUCCGGUAAUAAAACGAGUUUUUACGAGGAUAGCGACGACGAGAAAGGGCAUAGGGCUUUUGACAAAAAUGCUGCUACCUAUGAGAACAAUUUGGAGGAUAUUUUCAGGGAUGGAACACAUGAUGCUUCUUUUAGGGAAAGAAACAAAGCAGAACAUGGGAAUUAUGAUAAUGGUCAGAGAUACGUUGAUUCCCGUGCACGUUAUGAUCAGUUUCAAAAUAAUCAGCGAUACGACGAUGAACGAAAAUAUCUGCACGAUGACGUAGGAAGAUAUUACGAUAGAAACCGUGAUCAUUUUCGAGAUUACGAUUAUCAAUAUUAUCCAUACGGAUACAAUGAUGGAUAUGCGUCUUCGCAUUUUCAUCAGAAUUAUCAUGUUGAUACACAGCCUAGACGCUAUUCCGUGGAUCCAUAUCUUCUCGAAUAUUUAAGAGAUCAUCGUUAUAUUCCAAAUUAUCAUAAUCGAAGGAUCUAUUAUCCGAAUGAAGAGUAUUACGACAAUGCCUAUCGUAAUCGUUAUUACAAUAUUAAUUUCAAUAAUAAUAGAUUUGGGAACAGAUACUUGCCUUACGAUGGUGGUCGUCAUUACAAUUAGAAUAUAGAAUUCUAAUUUUACGAUUGCAAGUAGAUUUAAUGGUAAAUAAAUAAAUUAAUUAAAAUUGCAAAUAUAAUAAAGAGAAUAAGUUUAUGAAAACCAUGUGUCCGUUUUUUAAGUCAUUAAAAUAAUUUUGCAAGAAAUAAUCCUUUACUGUACUACUAUAUAAAUCAAUAAGUCCAAUAAAGCUAGUAAAACGGGAUACGAAAAAGCUUCUAAAAAAAAAAAAAAAAAAAAGAAAAAAAGAGAAAGAAAAAAUGAAAAAGUAAAUGAUUUAUUUUUUAAUUAUUCGAAUUGAAAUAAAUCAAUGAUUUCCUUCAACUAUAUUCAAUAAACAACUUACGUAUAUGAUCCAUUUGCAUAUCUAAUGCAUUGUCGUAAAUGAUAAUCUGAUACAUCGUUAUAUAUACAUUGAGGGCAUUUGAACAGAUUCGAAAAAUCCAAUUAAAUUCCGGAUCUACUUUAAUUGGACUUGCAGUUUCAUCCAUGAAGUACUAAUUUAUUUAAAGGACAAAUUCUAAAAAUGGGUAAAAACGAUGAUAAAAAAAAAAAAAAGAAUGCAAAAAAUUGAGAAUUUAUGGUUAGUUUUAUUAUACAUUAAAUUUUUUUUAUACAUACAUUGAACUUUAAUACGUAUAAGAUUAGCUUUGAUACGUAAUAUGGGAUGUCAAUAAUAUAAAAUUGAUGUUACAUAAUUCCAUUAAUUUAAAAUAUCUAAAUUUUUUUUUUCGAUCAAAAGUAUUUAUGCAUAUAACGAAUAGAGGAAGACGCAAAUGGUCAACUGGUCAGAUUAUUUACUUUUACAAUAAAUGUAUCAUUGAUUGUAUAAUAAAUAUAUGAAAAAAUUAAAAAAAAAAAGACAAAUAUUAAAAAAAUAAUAUUAAAGUAAAAUCAAAGAAAUUGAAAUUAAUAAAAUAAUACAUUAUUUAUAUUAUUAUACGUUUCAUGACAAACGUAUUGAAUAAAUCACGUGAUCAUGACGUAAUGUAAAACGUAAUAUAAACAACCAAUCAGAUAACAGUUAACAUAAUAUUCAUUUCAUUUGCGCGGUAUCCAGCAGCCAUUACACUCCUGAUCUUCAAAUACAUCGUAAUUUCUCAAAUUUUUUCUUCUCGAUCAUUCAAUUGUUACAUUUCACAUACGAAUUCGAGUACAGUAGCAUGUAAGUAAUCAUAUUUAUUUAAAUAAAAUAUUCUUUUGUAUAAUUAAAAUAAUUACAUCAAAAUUAAGUAUCAUAUUGCGAAAUAAAUACAUAAUAUUAGUAUUAUUAGAAAUAAUUCUAAAGUGUUUACUAUAUUCAAUACUACAUUAUUUAUAUUUAUCUUUAACUAUUAUAUAUACAUUGUAAAAUCAAUGAACUUUAUAGUAAGUAGUGAUUAUAAUAUAAUUUAUAAACCCUAUAAUAUAAGUUUUAAUUUGUAGGUUGUGUGGGAGAUUGCCGAAUGUCCUUGACAUAACCAAUACAAUCGUUUCGAUAUAAAAAUAUUAUCAUUUCACUUUAAAACUUACGAUUAGACGAAUUAACAUUUCCCAUCUACAGAAUAAUAUUCAAUCAUUUAAAUCAUUAUUUUCUAUUUGAGAGAAAGAGAGUUUAUUAACGCACAAUACAUUAAAUAGUUAAUUACUAUCUAAUAGUCUUAUAAUAUUUUAUAAAUAUACAUUUUGAAAAAUUAUAAAUUUAAUAAUACGUUGUUAUAACACAGCUUUAAUACUAUCUUACUUUAGUUAAUUGAGUAUAGAUAUGUGUAUAUAUAUAUAUAACGUUGUAUUAUAUAUGUAUGUAUAUCGAGAGUUAUUUAACGAGGUCGAGCGUGUGUAAACAAAAAUCUAACUCGAAUUUAGCCUUCAGUAGAAAUCGACGCUCGCUAAUCAUCUCAUUCAAGUUUAGUACAUACUCGAAAGUGUAUGUAAACAAUUGUCUUUAAACAUUCACGUUGAAUUUGUUUUAAAAAUGGCUAUCAUUUAUAAUUAAAUAAAAUAUAACAUUUCAUUUAAAUGAAACAAAGCUAAUCUUUGUAGCUCGUCAUUUGCAACGAUAUAUUUAUUAUUAUUUUUACCAUAUAUGGAUUCGCAUAAAAUUAUGCAAGAUUUAUAGAAAACAUUUGUUCGAAAUUUGUAUUAUAAAUAUUUCAAAUUAUAAAUCUUAUAUAUUUUUAUUAAUUUAUAAUAAUAAUAAUAGA